GUCAUUGGUUUUUAAGGUUAUGUGUCGAUCAUUUUACCUAUUGUCUUUUAUUAACAAUUUGUAGCUCUUCCAGGCUCUCGAGACCAUUUUCCUUGCUAUUCCAGACUUUUUUUCAUCAACUCCUUCUCCCAACGAAAGUUUAACACAUAACCUUCAAAUUCCACUCGUUUUUUGAGGUUAGGUCUGCAAUGUUUUGUUUGUUGCCAUUAAUUUCGAUAUAAUGUAUCAGAAACUAAAGAAAACCCCCCAAAAAGGCCAUUCCAAGCGUGGAAAACCCACCAGGAAGCAGCUAAGAAAAGAAAAACGACUAGAAAAGAAGCACAAACGCGUUGAAUACCACAAUAAAAAAAGGGGUCACAUUUCUGUGAAGGAAAUCGAAACGGUUGCCGAAGAGGUCUCUAGGAAGCAUGAAAAGAGCCCUAAAGUUAAAGAAAAGACUGUUAAAAAUGAACCUUUUAGUGGGAAUAAAGUACUUACCAUAGAGGAAUUGCAUAAGAAAGAAAAGAGGGAACAAAAAAAAGUGCAAAAAGGCAUGUCGAAGCAUAGAAAAGAGCAGCUACUGAAAGAGAACGAAAAAGAGGACCGACUAAUAAAGAAACUUGAGAAACAACUUAAAUUGCACAAAAGAAAAUCGAAAACCAUUCCGAAGUCGUUUUGUGAUGACGGGCUGGACUAUUUAUUAGAAGUGUGCGAUCCUGAGUACAUGAAAAACGCCGCUUUGGCCGAGCAGGACCUUAACGAGGGAAAUGACAAUUUCGAUGAGGAUUUGGCUCUAAUGUCUGGCCAGAAAGUGUCGGAAGCUCCAUCAAACGGGGAGGAUUCGGAUAACUUUGAUGAUGACGAGAGUGAAGAAGAGGAGGAUUUAGUUGAUAGUGAUGCUUACGAUGAGGAAUCAGAGGAGCAGGAACCAGUUGAUUCCGAAGAAAAUGAGUCUGAGGUGGAUGUAUCGGAUGAAGAACUGAGGCCAAAUAAGAGAAAACAACAUCCGAGCGAAGACGAUGACAAUGUUAAAAAGAGAAAGACCUUGUUAGAAAGUGAGCCUGAAAAGGACAAUAAUUUAUGGGAGGAUAUAUAUGGAAGGUUACGCACCCAGGACGGGGAAGUUGUCAAUACUAAUGCCGGAAAGUAUGUACCUCCGGCCAUAAGGGCCCAGAUGGAGGGACAAGGGUCAGAAGAUAAGAAGCGAAAAGAGAAACUGGAGCGCCUAAGGAAGCAACUGAAAGGUCUCCUAAACAGACUGGCCGAGAGCAAUUUGCACGGAAUCUCUUCGCAGAUCGAACAGUUGUACAUGAACAACAGCAGAAACGACAUGAAUGACACUUUGACCACCCUCGUGCUUGACUCGUUGGUUACUAACGUUUUGAGCCCCGAAAGGCUGCUCAUGGAGCACAUAUUGCUUGUCGCCGUUUUACAUGCCAACGUGGGAACCGAAAUUGGCGCCCAUUUCCUCCAAACGGUCGUCAAAAAAUUCGACCUGUUACGGCAAAACAAGCAGCCGGUAGAAGACAAAUCCCUGGACAAUGUCGUGAAUAUCUUGGCCCAGUUGUACAACUUUAAGGUGUUCGACGCGAAAUUGUUGUACGAGAUCUUGGGACGGUUAACGGGCACUUUCGACGAGAAGAACGUGGACUGCGUGCUGCACGUGCUGAGGAGCGUCGGCUUCGGCUUGAGGAAGGACGACCCGUUGGCGUUGAAAAGUUUAAUUUUGGAUUUGCAGAAGAGGGCCGCGGCCCUCGCUGAGGGAAAAGUCAGCAGCGAUUCGAGAGUGAAGUUCUUGCUGGACGUACUUUUGGCCAUAAAAAACAAUAACGUGACGAAAAUCCCCAACUACGACACCAGCUACAGCGAACACCUAAAAAAGAUCAUGAAGGGGUUCAUCAGGAAGGGAAACUACGUUACCACCCUGAAUAUCUGUUUAGAAGAUCUGCUUAAGGCCGACGAAAGAGGAAAAUGGUGGGUGGUAGGGUCAGCAUGGACCGGAACGAAUGACAGUAAAACACCCACCGAUGUCUUAAAAUCUCCCUCCGCCGAUAAUUACUCGCGAAAACUCCUCGAUUUGGCGAAGAAACAGCGCAUGAACACCGACACGAGACGGGACGUUUUCUGCGUCAUCAUGUCCGCCGAGGACUACAUGGACGCCUUCGAGAAACUGCUCAAGUUGGGCCUGAAGAAUCAGCAGGAGCGCGAGAUCAUCCACGUGAUCUUGCACUGUUGCCUACAAGAGAAAGUCUACAAUCCGUACUACGCGGUGCUGGCGCAGAAGUUUUGCGAAUACGACCGUAAAUUUCAGAUGACGAUAAAGUGCUCGGUGUGGGACAAACUGAAGGCCCUGAACAGCCACUCGGGUCAUCAAUUGGCCAACUUGGCCAAACUUUUAACCCAUUUGUUCAUCGAACAAGGCUUACCCAUAUCGACCCUCAAGAUCGUGGAAUUUAGCGAGCUGGAUAAAAUGACGUUGCGACUCAUGCGUCAGAUUUUACUGGGGAUUUUGCUGCACGACAACUCUGAGGCCGUACACGGCGUCUUCGAAAAGGUGGCCCACUCCGAUAAACUGAAAAUGUUCAGGGAGAGUUUACGGUUGUUCAUUCAUCAUUUUCUGUUGAGGAAUCUGAAGGGCGAUGCCGUAGAGACCGAGAAGAAGCGACUGUUGGAGGAGCGAGUGAGGUGCGUCGAGAAGAUUUUAACCGUCAAAGAGAACAGGAUGAAAUUUUAAGGUGCGGUGUAAAGUUGGUUAGGUUAUAGUGGUUUUUAGUACAUAGAAACCGGAAAUAAUUUAAUUUAGUAUGUUUUAUUGUGUAUAUAAAGUACUGUAAAAUAAA